AUGGCCGACCCGACGUACGGCUUCUUCCCGUCCGGCACCGAGGUGUCGUCGGGCUUGAAGUGGCUCAAAGAGCACCCGAUCGCAGCCACAGCCGCAGCCGCCGCCGCGACCGCCGUCUCGAUCGUCACAUACCUGCGCGCGUCCGAGCCGCGGCUCGAGCAUGUGGUCAGCUGGUGCGACUCGCACGUGAACGAGGCCGACAAGGACGAGCUCGCGUCGCAAAUGCAGUCGCUGCACGUUGACGAUACAGCUACCGAAGAAUCCGAGGCGGCGCUGGCGGCCGAGGCCGACGAGCACAAGGCGGCGUUGCACAAUGCGUCGCCGCAGUGGGGCUGGUACGUGGCAAUCACGCCUCCUCGUGACCCGAUGGCCGCGCACAACCUGCCGCGCGCCAUCACAGACCCUCAGAUGCGAUCGGUACGACCAUCUUCGAACCCACCGCCGCCGUCGUCGCUCGGCAACAUGCGACGUACUGUCUCUGUCAAGAUGCUUUGA